UAUUAUUGCCGUGUUUGGAUGCUGCUGAGUUCAUUUUGGUGAGCUUCCCCAUGGAAGCGUGAGUUACAUCAUGUGGAAGCGGCUUCUUGUGUUGGCGUUAUUAGUGCAACGGAAAUUGAUAGCAUCAGAACAAGUAAAUGGAGAAACGGAAAACAAAAGGACGUCAAGACAGUUGAACUUCGGCGAUUGUUGCCCGUGUCCAGGGCAAGCUACAUUUCAUGAUCUGGAAUCAGCGACCACUCGUCUAGAUGCAGCAUCAGUUGGCGACGACAGUUGUCCAUGCAGAUCCACAUCGGAUUCUGAAGGCGCCUCAUCUAUGUUCAGGCCCGUCUUCAGAGCGAUAGAUCCAUCUGUUAGCACAUUACCUAAAAAAGAAGAGCGAAAACCACUACUAAAUCCAGAAGUGGGCCUUGCGUCUUCAGUUUUGGAAACAUUGCGAGAAGUUACUGACCAAGAAUAUCAAGAAGCAUUGGAACGAGAUGCAGCAAGAAGUGCAUCAAAAAUAAUGGACCCAGAAAUUUCGGAAAUUGAACCAAGUAAUGUAGUCAACAUUAUUUUAAGCCCUAAGGAAGAAAAUAAUGAUGACAUAAUUUCUGAGGCCACAGAAAAUAAAGGGACUAGCUGUAUCCUCCCUCCUUUAAGUACAAAUACCAAUGAACAUUUACGACUACAGCCCCCAAUGAAAUUGCUAAAGCAACUUUUAACUCCACCGAAAAUUUCGAGUAAUGGUAUUUUGAAUAGAAAUCGUUUUGAUAUGGACGGCAGCGCCAGUAACACCCAAGAACGACUUUUGCAACCAUUGAAAAAUAAUAUUUUAGAUAACAUAAUGACACGAUCAAAUUUGUUAAAUUUAAGACCACUUUCAAACACGGAUAAUAGAGACUUCCUCACUUCGCCAAACAUCCUUCAAAAGUAUUAUAUGAAAAAUAAUAUAAAAGAUCGAAUGCUUUUGCGGAAUAGGCCAUUGUUAGAUGUCCAGCCCAAAGCUACAAACAAGCAUAAGGGGCUUUUUACAAAGAAUACUGUAGGCUAUGAAGAUUCAGUUAAUGAACCAGAUGAAACACCAGGUUUUAAUAGCGUGAAAAAAUUUGAAAUGCCCGAUGAAGACAACAUUUUGCAAAGCACUGCUUGUAUGGAAAUGGUUAAGGAAGCAAAUAUGUCUCUUAAAGAUAAUUUGACAGAUUUUGAUGCAGUUCCAAGUUCCUCAAAAACUAUUGAGGUUAAAAAUCCGAAUAUCAUAGAAACCCCAAAUAUUAUGGAACAAGAUACAGAGGCUGAUACAUUUAAUGAUAAAGUAUUGGACAAAGAUAUAAAUACUAGCAAUUUAAAUACUCUUCAAACUGUUACUGAAAUAAAUAGGUUCCCCGAGAAUAGUGAAGUAACAACAGAAGUAAUUGGUGAAGAUGCCAAGUUUGUAGAUAAACAAAAUAAUGAUUCAGAAAUUGAAAUCACUACAGAACAUUUAGACAAUUUGCAAGAUAUGGAUUCUGAACCGAGCAUCACUAGAAAUAUAGUUAGAAACUUCCAAGAUGCUGAAAAUAGAGAAUGUGCUUCUUCCACUAAAGGCAAAAGCAAUAAUGAAGAGAGUCCGGAAAAUCUUAUGUCUUCAUCUGCAGAAAAAGACAAGAACAAUUCGGAAAUAAAACCAUUGCCAAAUAUCAAAGCAAAUAUAUAUAGGACACUGGAAAAUUUUAAAAAAGCUAAUGAAAAAAUUCAAGAAAAAUUAAGAUCGAAUGUACAAAACGCGUUACAGUCACGUAUUCCAAGUGAUGAACCUCACAAAAUAUCGGUCAAUACAGAUACGCAGCCUCACAGUGAAAUACACGCUUCUUCUGGGGAACAAUCACGAGAACCUACAAAUAGUAUUACAACUACGAAAAAAAAUAUAACUACUCAAGAUUUGCAAAAAAUGUCAGAUUCAUUACUCAAAGUUGCUUUAAAAGAUGACUCUGAAUCUUCUACGAUAUCUUAUAACAAUGAAGAGUUAAAAGAAAAUCAAUCUGCAGAAAUCGUUGAGGAAGUAUCUGAUAAAAAUGAUAUGAUCACUUCACCGACUACUUUAAAUCUGAAAAAUGAUUCAAUCAAUUUAAAAAAUAUCGAUGGGAAAAUUAAUAAAAAUGUAGAAACAGUGGAAAAUAUAUGUGAUAACAAAAUCAUAGUAUCAAAGAAUUCUGAUUUCAGUAAAAUUAAUAACGAACAUAAUGAAAUGACUGCACAACCAAGUAAUUCAGUUUUUAAUAGUAUAUCUCGGUUAGAUUUGGAUCCUUCAAAAUUAGGACUUUUGCACGGAGACUCUACAGUUCAACUUCAAGAUAAAAUAGAACCUAUGGAAGGUAUUAAAGAUUUUUUUAAUAAUCUUAGAUCUUCAAAAACAGACGCCGUAACAAAUGACGCAGGUCGUUCAGUACUUCUUGCUAAUCAACCACGACUUGGGUAUAAGAAAGAUAUUAACGAUGACUCUUCAAAUGGUAUUUCUGGAGAUUAUAUGCCGAAAUUUAACUAUAAUUCUAACUUAAGUUCAUACAAAGCUAAGGUAGCAAGUCCAAAAUCUCUCGAUAUUAAAUCACUAGUUCCAACCCCUCCCUUAAAUUCGGACAAAGACGCAGAUAUAUUGGGUCUCGCAUCACAAAGGAUUCCUCAAACAUCUAAUUACAAAAAUCUAUUAAAAAAUAAUGUUGGAAGUGGUUUAAAUCCUCUAUUUAAACCAUUACAUAAUCCUAAGAUGCUUCAGGAUACAUUUUCCUCCAUAGUGCCAAGUCUUCCAGAACGAGUUCAGUCUCACUCAAACAAUAUUUUUAAAAGUUUUCGUGAUUCUGUAACUCUAGGUGAGAGAGAACCUUUAAGAAUAAACCAGAAUAAUUUGCUGGGUGAAUCCCUGAUAAAUCCCGAUAAUUUAUUCGGAGCAAUGUUGAAGACGCACGAGGAUUUUAACGACAGAUUACAAACUUUUCAUUCAGAUCUCAACAGGCGAAUUAGUUCAAUAUCUCCAAAAACGCCAUUUGAUAGUUCUCGAUUAUUAUGGCCUGAAAGCAGAUUAAAGAAUUCAAAAAAUGAAGCUGUAUUCUACGAUGUAUUAAAUAAAAAUAUUAGAACAUUGCCUGGUAAAACAAAAUCAUCUACUAUGAAAAAUACGAUACUCUUAAAGAAUACACCUAUAAUGGAAUCUAUUAAGAAGAAAACAGCUGAUGCAGCACUCAGAUCAAAUAAAAAUGCUAUGCUUAGACACAACGCUAAACCAAAAGUCAGUAUUUCACCUCAACAAACAAAUGUUGGUCUUAAAAAAGGACCAAUUGCCAUAAACACUCCUAAAAGUUAUCUAAAUACAAAAAAAACACCAAAACAUAAUAUAAAAAUUAAACCUCUAAAAGAAAAUAAAGUAACAAUAUCUUUUGCUACGACAACAAUUCAACCCAACACCUUAAAAUCCGGUUUUAAACCUUUACACCCAACAGAUUCUCUUAGGUCCAGAUCUACCGUUGGUUCGGUGAAGUUGCCCAAGUUUUCAAAAAGUUCAGAUAAGAAACCAACACUGAAAUCAAAAUUAGAAUUAAACGAUCCGGAGAUUUUAGCAAGUGACAUAAAAGAAUCUAAAGUAAAACUUCCUCGCAUUUCUGUCGAGGAAUCAGAAAGCGUACACAGUGGAAAUCAAAACAAUGAAAACAGACGUUUCGCUAGUAGACAAGAAGCAAAUAGAAGAAAAUCUUUGCUACUUUCGAAAUUAAAAAAUGCUUUUCCAACAGGAACGGCAACUAACGAUAUGAAAAGAAAUAAUAAUCUUCUAUUAUCUACACAUAACGAAAAUGGAUUAGAUGCAUCACAAUCAGCUUCUAAUACAGUUGAUACAAGUAUAUCUGCUGUUAGUUUAGCAGGUGAAACACCGAAAGAUAAUCAACAGUUUAAAUGCAAAAUGGUCUGUAUUAAAGAUUUUUUAGAAUCAAAAGAUACACAUGGCAUAAUCAUGAAGUUUACUGUGUUUGUUUUAUUUUUAUUUACGCAUACAAAUACACUUUUUGCGGAUAAACCGUGUGCUAUAAGGUCGAUAGCAAAUCAAUCAGUAGUGUGUGUAUGCAAUUCAACAUAUUGUGAUGAAGUGCUCAGAGACCAGCCUGCGCCUGGCACAUUCGUUGUUUACACUUCAUCUUCGGGUGGGCUACGUUUUAAAAAAAGUGUUGGCCAGUGGAGUUACGAUCAAACAUGCUGUAAAUUAACCCUAGAAUUAGAUCCAUCCAAAAAGUACCAGCGUAUUGAGGGAUUCGGUGGUGCUGUAACAGACUCUGCCGCAAUCAACUGGAAAAGUCUGCCGCCGGUGCUGCAGGAUUAUUUGGUCAAUUCUUACUUCAGCGAGAAUGGUCUGGAAUACAAUAUGGUGCGGACACCUAUCGGUGGUUGCGACUUCUCGACUCGCCCCUAUGCCUACAAUGAACUUCCUUUGGAUGAUGGAGGCCUUACUAAUUACACACUCUCACCGGAGGACAUAUUUUACAAAAUACCUAUGUUCAAAUCGAUCCUGAAAGUGGCAAAGACAACAGUUCACGUGAUUGCUACCACCUGGUCGCCGCCAGUUUGGAUGAAAUCCAACCACAAUUACAGCGGCUCCAGCCAGCUAAAACCUCAGUACUACCAAAGCUACGCUGAUUACCAUUUGAAAUUUAUAGAAAAGUACACAGCGGCAGGUGUUCCCAUUUGGGGGAUCACAACGACCAAUGAACCUAUUAAUGGAUUGUUAUCACUAGCAAAGUUCAAUUCACUUGGAUGGACUAUGCAAGAAAUGGGAAAAUGGAUUGAGCAUAAUCUAGGUCCUACAAUACGUAACUCGAAAUUUAAGAAUGUGAAAAUAAUAACUGGCGACGACCAGAGGAUAACAAUACCCUAUUGGUUCAAUGUAAUGCUCAUAUAUUCCCCUAAAGCGUUAGAAUAUAUAGACGGUAUAGGAGUGCAUUAUUAUACAGACAAGUUCAUUCCUCCCGCCAUAUUUGAAUCAGUGACUCUUACACAUCCAGACAAAUUCAUUCUUGCUACUGAAGCCUGCGAAGGUAGUUUUCCCUGGGAAAAAAGUAAAGUCCUUUUAGGAUCUUGGGCAAGAGCAAAAGCCUAUAUAAUAGAUAUAUUUCAGGACCUUAAUUAUAAUUUAGUGGGAUGGAUUGAUUGGAACUUGUGUUUAGAUAUGGAAGGAGGUCCCAACUGGGCGGGUAACUUCGUCGAUUCUCCUAUAAUUGUAGACAAAGAGCGUCAGGAGUUUCACAAACAGCCGAUGUUCUACGCUAUGGGUCAUUUCUCAAAAUUCAUACCUCGUAACUCCGUUAGGAUCAAAAUUACAGAAAAGCACUCUAUUCUCCCAUCGAGCUUACAUAAAAUCGCUUUUCUUACUCCCAAGAAUACUAUUGUCGUUAUUAUUUACAACGACGGCAAUGCCAAAAGUAUCAACAUACGAAAUAAAAAGCACAAGGCGACAUUACUUUUGGAAGCCCACUCUAUUACGACUGUAGAAUAUCCUCACACAUAAUUAAAUAAAUAAAACUAAUUAUCAAGC